CUGCUACACAGGCAACCCGUUAGCAAUCAGUGUAGACGGAAGCAGAAAUCCAAGAUGGCUGUACCACUACUUGGUUCGCAUUUGUCCAAUGGCAGGAUUAACGUCGGGCUGUUGAGAGAGUGUAGCCGCAGAGAACUCUUGCAGUGCUUGGAUAAACACCCGGGCAGUAAGGCGCUCGUCUGGGAUGAGAAGUUGACUGGACCUUUCGGCCUGGUUGCUGAGUAUCCCUUGCUUAGAGAACAUGAAGUAGAUGUCAUGUUUUCCCUCAAGCCGGGUCAACUCCCACCAAACCAGGUCGUGAAUGUUAUCUUUAUCACAAGACCCAUAUUGUCACUUAUGGAUAUAAUUGCUGAUAAUAUAUUAAAUGAAAAAGGAAAAACAAAGGACUACCACAUUCUCUUUGUUCCUCGAAAAACUGUUCUCUGUGAGAAUAGGCUAAAGGCUCUUGGGGUUUCAUUUGUAAAUAUUGAGGAAUAUCCGCUGGAUUUUAUACCUCUUGAUAAUGACUUGCUUUCAUUAGAAAUGGAAUCAUCAUUUAAGGAAUGUUAUUUAGAAUCCGACUACACCUCCCUUUUCUAUGUAGCAAACUCCCUGAUGAGUUUGCAGCUGCUGUAUGGAGUUGUACCAAAGAUUUACGCCAAAGGGGAAAUGGCCAAGCGUGUUCUAGACAUGAUGAUGCGCAAGAAGAGAGAGAUGGCCGACAGCGAGAGCCAACUGCCCCCACAAAUAGACACCGUUCUGCUACUGGAUAGAAAUGUCGACCUCUUGACGCCCCUCUUCACACAACUUACAUAUGAGGGCUUGAUAGAUGAGCUGUUUGGUAUUCACAACACGACCGCCAAGUUCCCUCAUGAACGCUUCCUCCAGCCAGAUGAUAAGGGAGUCAACCCACAGCCAUCAGGGCCCCAGACCGACAAGAAGGUCGUGCUCAACUCGGCGGACGAGCUCUUUAGUGACAUCAGAGACUUGAAUUUCUCCGCUGUUGGCGUCCACCUGAGCAGAAAGGCCAAGCAGAUCAGUGCAGCAUUCGAGGAACAUAAAUCUGCCAAGACUGUUGGUGAGAUGAAGCAAUACGUCCAAAGAUUACCGUACAUGCAGAAAGCAAAGGCCUCCUUAGCCAUGCACAUGACAAUUGCUGAGCUCAUAAAAGAAGAGACAGACAAGGAAGAUUUUCGAGAAUCGAUUCGAAUAGAACAAGAAUUCGCACAAGGACUGGAUACGGAGAAAAUCAAUUCUUAUAUUGAGAAGUACAUUGCACUGAAAAAGCCUCUCACCAAGGUGUUACGUCUGAUCUGCAUUCAGUGUCAAACUAACAACGGCUUCAAGCCCAAGAUGCUGGAGUACUACAUUCGAGAAAUCGUACACACCUACGGCUUCGAGCAAGUGUCCAAAACACUGACUCCACUGGAGACGGUGGGACUCCUGAGGCCACAGGGAGCCCGCACGUAUACGGCCAUGAGAAAAUCCAUCAAGCUCUUUGUAGAAGAUGUCAAGGAACAGAACCCAGACGACAUAGCGUUUGUUUACUCUGGCUACGCUCCACUCAGUGUGCGACUUGCCCAGUUCCUAUCUCGCCCCCAGGGGUGGAGGGGUCUGGAAGAGGUGCUUCGCUUGCUCCCGGGACCGACAAUCGAAGAGCGACAACCACUACCACCGGGUCUUCAGAAACGUUCCGGUUCAGAAAGUACCGGGGACUCUCCGCCAAAGGUGACGCUCGUCUAUUUCAUCGGCGGCUGCACCUACGCGGAGGUGGCCGCCCUUCGAUUCCUUUCACAACAAGAUAACAGCCCGACAGAUUUUGUCAUCGCUACGACUAAAAUGAUAACAGGCAGUACAUGGCUGAAUUCCCUUGUGGAAGAUCCACUGCCAAAGGAGACUCAGAAAAUCCAUAUUUAAACACAGAAUUCUAGUAAGAGACCAUUAGAAAUUUGAUGGGAGGAGGGGGGGUUGUAUGCAGAAUAACAAGAAAAAAGAAGUAACCCAAAAUGUAAGAAAAACAAAUCGUGCACAGGGAAAUCAAAGAAACAAAAGAUGCACAGUCACGAAAAACGAUAUCCUGCACUAACUACCAACGAAAACUAAUUGCCGACACAACCAGAACCCUGCACGCCCCACGUCAAAUUUCUAAUGUACGUCCAUUAGUUCAGUUAGUUAGCAGCCGUUCUCGACCUCGUACAUUCUAAUGUACUGUCCUUUAGUUCAGUUAGCAGCCGUUCUCGACCUCGUACAUUCUAAUGUACUGUCCGUUAGUUCAGUUAGUUAGCAGCCGUUCUCGACCUCGUACAUUCUAAUGUACUGUCCUUUAGUUCAGUUAGCAGCCGUUCUCGACCUCGUACAUUCUAAUGUACUGUCCGUUAGUUCAGUUAGUUAGCAGCCGUUCUCGACCUCGUACAUUCUAAUUCCAUCUGCACCGUCAAGCUGGCUACGAGGUGUACCAAUAGUGUGCUUAAAGAGGCUACCGUAUUGAAGCGAAGGGGCAGCUUCCAAGUGAAACUUGAAAUGUUUUAUAUGGGAAAUCAUAUGGGAGAAAAAAAUCUUGACACGAUAAUGACAAUUGUCUUCUAAAUUUGUACAAAUAUAAAGAUUUAUUACAGAAGA